AUGUCCGCCAACGUGCUUGCGUACCGUCCACUGGGCGGGCCGGUGAGCGCCAUCACGUAUCGCAUUGCCAUGCGCGACGGCCACACAAUACCACAGCUCGGCUUUGGCACGUAUCGCAUGCCCGCCUCGGAGGCCACUGAUGCCGUCGCCUUUGCGCUUUCCUGCGGCUACCGCCACGUGGACUGCGCCAAGGCAUACGGCAACGAGGCCGCCGUCGGGGCGGCGCUCGCACAGGCGCUGCGCGACAGGCGCACCCGUCGUGAGGACCUCUUUGUUACGUCGAAGCUGUGGCCGACGGACCAGCACCCCGACCACGUCGAGGCUGCCUGCCGCGCCACCCUCGCCGCACUGCGGCUCGACUACCUCGAUCUGUAUCUCAUCCACUGGCCUGUGUGCCUGCGGCACACGCCGCAUUGGACCACCGACGAGGACCGCUACCCCCGUCACCCCGACGGUACCCCCGCCAUUGACACCACCGUGACGCUUCUAGACACGUGGACGGCCAUGAGCCGCCUGGUCGACUGUGGGCUGGUGAAGUCGAUUGGGCUGGCCAACUGCACCACCUCCCACGUAAAUGACCUUGCGAGGGCGGCCGCAGCGGCCGAGCUCCCCCACUUGCCCGUCCUAAACCAAGUCGAGCACCACCCCGGUAUUGUGGACGGCGAUCUGGUAGGCUGCCUCGGCUUCCACGACAUGCUAGUGGCGGCCUACUGCCCACUCGGCAUGCCGACUCGCGACACCCCGCCGGGCUUUCAGUCCCUUCUGGACGACCCCGUGGUGCAGUCGCUUGGGGAGUUCAGCGGCUUCAGCCCGGCGCGAAUUUUGUUGAACUGGAGCGUCGACCGCAGCAACGUCGUGAUCGUGAAAUCCACCAAUCGGGAGCACAUCAAGUCUAAUGCCAAGGCAGCGCGCUUUGCACUCGAUGACCGCACGCGAUUGGUGCUGGACAACUACCACCUCCUCGUGCGGAACUUCCGCGUCAUGAACCCGACGCACUUUAGCGCCGACGGCACGACACCGUUCUUCGCAGCCGAAGAUGAGCGCCUGCAGCGCGAUAUUGACGCCCGUAGGCUGAAGACAGGCUCGACGACGGCGCCGCCCACGCCGCCAUCUUGA